AUCCUCGCCAUGGCGCCGUGUCCCUGCUCCCUCAGUUACAGAAAGUGGCCGCCUCUCUGCUGCUGUCGACCCAAAGCUCACAGACUCACUCGUUGCCUAGACCCGCCAUCUUGGAGUCAGAGAACUGAGAGUCGGCAGCAGCUACGAGAGAGCGCAAAAGGGGGACACGGGGCCAAGGCCUUUCACAUCUUCUGAACUGACAGUUGUGAUUGGAGAUAAUGAGGAUAUCCAUAUCCCACAUUAGAAAGUGAGUAUCCCUACCUAGUAGGGCCUACAGGUCUCAGUCCUCCAUGGCGUCUGGGGCUGGGCAGGCAGAGGCCGGCGAUGGGGCAGCAUGGUCGUCAUCAGGCCUGGCCAAGCCUCUUCACCUUCAGCACCUGGAGAGAUCCCUACGCCUUGACAGCUUCCUCCGCCAGACCGCCUCAGUCUUCAACAGAGACCUAUCCAGUGAUGACAGCGACGAUGGCGGAUUAGGGGAGGGGCCUUCUCUGAGGCCGGUCAAUCAGCACGCAGCCUUGGCGAUAAAAGAGGAGUCAUGUGACCUGGAUGAGGAGGGGCUUGUUACCGAGGGCACCACCCUCAACGGAACUCCAUCACAAGAACACAAGGAAGACAAAGCCAGUCUAUACAACUUCUCCAAACUGAAGAAGAGCAGGAAAUGGCUCAAGAGUAUCCUGUUGAGCGACGACACCAGUGAGUCAGACACAGAGGACUCUGACUUCAGUCUGUCCAGAGAAGAGCUACAGGAUAUGCUCAGACUGCACCAGUUCACCAGGGAGCACCAGAACAAGUUCCACAACGACAGAGAGCUGCAGCAGUAUCAGUACUAUAGUACAGGACUGCUCUCCUCCCAUGACCCUUUCCACGAACAACAGCGCCACCUGCUGGGCCCCAAGAAGAAGAAGAUCAAGGAGGAGAAGAAAUUCAAGGGCAAGUUGAAAAAGGGCAAGAGGAAAAAGAAGAGGGGGGAAGGGGAGUUCUCAGGCGAGGGGCGGCCGCAUGUCACCAAGAUCUUCGCCAAAUUUUCCCAUGAUGCCCCUCUUCCCAUGUUGAAGAAGAAACACCUGACCGUAGAGCAGCUGAACGCACGGCGACGCAAAGUCUGGCUCACCAUCGCCAAGAAGGAGUGCCCCAAGGCAUUCAAGCAAAAAGCAUCAGCCAAGAACUUCGUCCUUACCAAUGCCAAAAAGCUGGCCCACCAGUGUAUGCGUGAGGUACGUAGGGCAGCCAUCCAAGCCCAGAAGAACUGUAAAGAAACCCUUCCCCGGGCCAGGAGACUGACCAAGGAGAUGACGCUCUACUGGAAGAAAUAUGAGAAGGUGGAGAAGGAACACAGGAAGAGAGCAGAGAAAGAGGCUCUGGAGCAACGCAAACUGGACGAGGAGCUGAGAGAGGCGAAGCGUCAGCAGCGUAAGCUGAACUUCCUGAUCACCCAGACAGAGCUGUACGCCCACUUCAUGGGGGGCAAGGGUCCCGGGGAGGAGGAUGGGGGAGAGGAGGACAUUCUCAACAAGCUGGACGACACCAACUCUCACAGGCAGAUGACCAUCGGGGGAGGGCUGACGGUCAACGUUGGACAGGAGGACUAUGAUAGUGAAUACUACAAGUCUCAGGCCUUAAGGAAAGCUAAAGAAGCCUACGAGAUACACCAGGCCAGAACACGUCUCUUUGAUGAGGAGGCUAAGGACAGUCGCUGUGCCUCCCUGCACCAGGCCAGUGGGGGGUCGGGGUCAGGGUUCGGGGAGAGCUACAGCCUGUCUAACCCUUCUAUCCAGGCCGGAGAGGACAUCCCCCAGCCAACCAUCUUCAACGGGAAAUUGAAGGGAUACCAGCUGAAAGGCAUGAACUGGCUGGCUAACCUCUACGAACAGGGUAUCAAUGGUAUCCUAGCAGAUGAGAUGGGCUUGGGGAAGACUGUCCAGAGCAUCGCUCUGCUGGGUCACCUGGCUGAGCGGGACAACAUCUGGGGUCCGUUCCUCAUCAUCUCUCCUGCCUCCACACUGAAUAACUGGCACCAGGAGUUUACACGCUUUGUCCCCAAAUUCAAGGUUCUGCCGUACUGGGGGAACCCUCACGACCGCAAAGUGAUCAGGAAGUUCUGGAGCCAGAAAACCCUGUACACCCAGAAUGCUCCGUUCCACGUGGUGAUCACCAGUUACCAGCUGGUAGUUCAGGAUGUCAAGUACUUCCAGAGGGUCAAGUGGCAGUACAUGGUUCUAGAUGAAGCCCAGGCCCUAAAGAGCAGCACCAGUGUUCGUUGGAAGAUCUUGCUGCAGUUUCAGUGUAGAAACAGACUGUUGCUCACUGGAACGCCCAUACAGAACACUAUGGCAGAGUUGUGGGCCCUGCUCCAUUUCAUCAUGCCUACGUUGUUUGACUCUCACGAGGAGUUUAAUGAAUGGUUCUCUAAAGACAUCGAGAGCCAUGCAGAGAACAAGUCUGCCAUCGACGAGAAUCAGCUGUCCAGGCUCCAUAUGAUCCUGAAACCCUUCAUGUUGAGGAGGAUCAAGAAGGACGUCGAGAACGAGCUCUCUGACAAGAUUGAGAUCCUAACAUACUGCCAGUUGACGUGUCGACAGAGGCUGCUCUACAGAGCUCUGAGGAACAAGAUCUCCAUCGAGGAUCUUCUCCAGUCGUCUAUGGGCUCAUCUCAGCAGGCUCACAGUACUACCUCAUCCCUUAUGAACCUGGUCAUGCAGUUCAGAAAGGUCUGUAACCACCCGGACCUGUUUGAGCGCCAGGAGACUCGUUCUCCCUUCCACAUGUCACUGAGACCCUACGUCAUGUCCAAGUUCCUCUACCGCCACGGACUCACACACACCACCACGCACACACACAGCAGGAACAAGGUGCUCCAGGUUCUACUGUCUCCCUUCUCUCCUGAUCAUAUCCACCAGUCCCUCUUCCACAGGAAAGGUGAUCAGGAAGGAAGUUGUUUCUCCUUCCUGCGUUUCAUCGACGUUUCGCCGGCAGAGAUGUUUAACGUCAUGCUGCAGGGCACUCUGGUCAGGUGGUUAGCUCUGUUUCUCUCCCUGAAGGCAGCGUACCGGCUCUACCAGAGACGCAUGUGGGGCCUGGAAGAGGAGGAGGGUGGAGGGAGGACAGGAGGAGGAGUAGAGGAGGAAGGGAGCGGGAGGCCCAGGAGUCAGUGUCUCUCUCGGAGGGGUCUGAUCCUCUGGCUGGACCGACCUACUGCUUUCCCCAACACACACACAAGCACAGUGUUACAGAACCUGGUAUUCACCCGUCACAGCCCAGGUCUGAUGGGUCACUGUGAUGUUCUGGUCCACAGUCGAUGCUCUGCCAACUCCACCACCCUACGACCAGGCCAACCCACACAACCACCCAAGUUCCUGCUCACCGCUGUGCCACGGGUUACGGCAGUUCCCAUGGAGCGGUACUGUGACGACCGCAGCGCUGAGUACGAGUGGCAGGAGACGAGGGCCGGAGGGGGCAUGGCCGCCAAGCACUGCUUCCUGUACGGCUCCCUUGAUCUGGCCUCUGAUUGGAUGUCCCGAGCCAACACUUUCUACCCACGAUGCCCUGGGGGAGUGAUGGCGCUCUACCCCCGGCAUGGCUGGUCCUACAUCAGAAUACCAGACAAGGAGACCCUGAUCACGGACAGUGGGAAGCUGCACACUCUGGAUCUGCUGCUGUGUCGCCUGAAGACUCAGGGACACCGCGUCCUCAUCUACUCCCAGAUGACUCGCAUGAUCGACCUGCUGGAGGAGUACAUGGUGUAUCGUAAACACACCUACAUGCGCCUGGACGGCUCCUCCAAGAUCUCAGAACGCAGAGACAUGGUGGCUGACUUCCAGAGCAGGACUGACAUCUUUGUGUUCCUCCUGAGUACGAGGGCUGGAGGUCUGGGCAUCAACCUGACUGCUGCUGACACUGUGAUCUUCUAUGACAGUGACUGGAACCCUACAGUGGACCAGCAGGCUAUGGACAGAGCUCACCGCCUGGGUCAGACCAAGCAGGUCACUGUGUACCGUCUGAUCUGUCAGCUCACUAUAGAGGAGAGGAUACUGCAGAGGGCCAAGGAGAAGAGUGAGAUCCAGAGGAUGGUGAUCUCUGGGGGGAACUUUAAACCAGACACCCUGAAGCCUAAAGAGGUGGUCAGUCUACUGCUGGACGAUGAGGAGCUGGAGAAGAGACUGCGCGUUCGUCAGGAAGAGAAGACACAACAGGAGGAGUGCAGCAAGGUGAAGGACCGCAGGAGAAAGAGAGAGAAAUACGCUGACAAGAGAAAGAAGGAUGACGAGGACCCUAAGGAUCCUAAGAGGAGGAAAGACGUGAACCUGGUCAUCCCUUACAACCUGUCUGCAGACAACUCUAACCUCUCAGCCGACGGAGAUGAUUCAUUCAUCAGUGUAGACAUGGACGACUCUGCCAUGCCUAGUCCCUUCAGUGAGAUCUCUCUGAGUAGUGAGCUCCAGCCCAGCUCCCUACCUCCAGACCAGGACCCAGACCAGGACCCAGAUCCAGACCAGGAUGAGAGCAGUAGUGACAUGCUAGUCAUCGUAGACGACCCUGUGUCUUCAGCACCACAGUCCAGGGCCACCAACUCGCCUGUCAGCGUGUCCGGAUCUAUGUCGGACAACAUGAACGGUGUGUCUAAUCAGGACACGUCCAGUCCGGGGCGGGGAAGGUCUGGUAGGAGCCGGGGACGACCCAAAGGCUCUGGGUCCAGUUCUGGAGGCGGAGCCAAGUCUGCAGGGAAGGGGCGUGUCAGGAAGUCGACAGCGGGCAGCGCAGCCGCCAUGGCAGGAGCGAUGGCCGGAGCUGCAGCAGCCUCAGCAGCCUACGGAUACAGUGUGACUAAAGGUGCUGUUAUGUUAAUGAGAUGAAGGUUUCAUUCAAGGUGCUGUUAUGUUAAUGAGUUGAAGGUUUCAUUCAAGGUGGUGUUAUGUUAAUGAGUUGAAGGUUUCAUUCAAGGUGCUGUUAUGUUAAUGAGUUGAAGGUUUCAUUCAAGGUGCUGUUAUGUUAAUGAGUUGAAGGUUUCAUUCAAGGUGCUGUUAUGUUAAUGAGUUGAAGGUUUCAUUCAAGGUGCUGUUAUGUUAAUGAGUUGAAGGUGUCAUUCAAGGUGCUGUUAUGUUAAUGAGUUGAAGGUUUCAUUAAAGGUGCUGUUAUGUUAAUGAGUUGAAGGUUUCAUUAAAGGUGCUGUUAUGUUAAUGAGUUGAAGGUGUCAUUCAAGGUGGUGUUAUGUUAAUGAGUUGAAGGUUUCAUUAAGGUGCUGUUAUGUUAAUGAGUUGAAGGUGUCAUUCAAGGUGCUGUUAUGUUAAUGAGUUGAAGGUUUCAUUAAAGGUGCUGUUAUGUUAAUGAGUUGAAGGUGUCAUUCAAGGUGGUGUUAUGUUAAUGAGUUGGAAGGUUUCAUUCAAGGUGGUGUUAUGUUAAUGAGUUGGAAGGUUUCAUUCAAGGUGGUGUUAUGUUAAUGAGUUGGAAGGUUUCAUUCAAGGUGCUGUUAUGUUAAUGAGUUGAAGGUGUCAUUCAAGGUGUGUAGUUGCUUGUGUCGUUGAAAUAUUAGCAGGAAAGCUAAUAAAGCUCAGGUUUUCUAUGAAAUGGCAAAACACACAUUUACAGUUUUAACGUAAGGUCUGGCAUGCAAGCAGCAAACCGACUUUGACCCUGUUUUCAUUGUUUAGUCUCUAGUGCCACAGUUGGAGGUUAAUGUAUUUAUUUAUUUUAUCAGACCAGGUCAACUAAGAUUUAAAAAAAAAAAAAAUGUGUAUCACUCUUGUGAUUUAUCAUCUGUAUUUACCUUCUCCUCCUAUCUCCUCCCUCGCCCCCUUCCCGACCCUCUCCCUCCUCCUCCCUCGCCCCCUUCCCGACCCUCUCCCUCCUCUUCCCUCUCCCCUGACCGUUCCCCCUCUCUACAUCUGUAUUUACCUUCUCCUCCUAUCUCCUCCCUCGCCCCCUUCCCGACCCUCUCCCUCCUCCUCCCUCGCCCCCUUCCCGACCCUCUCCCUCCUCCUCCCUCGCCCCCUUCCCGACCCUCUCCCUCCUCUUCCCUCUCCCCUGACCGU